GUGCGUCGCGCUCCCUCUGCGGCUCCAUUCCUCCUUCCUGCACGGCCACUUUAGUCAACUGCGUGUGUGGAAAGUCAGCCUCUCUUUUCUUGUCCAUCACACACUUCCCUCCCUUGGCAACCUCACGACGAGGUGUGAACUACUUUUAGUGCCGAAGCGCACCAACACCACCACUAAAACCUCACAACGCUGAUAUUUAGCGAAAAGUUUUUUUUUGCUUUUUUUUUUUUUUUUUUGCUUUUGCUUUGGAAGUAGCGGAUUCUACCCGGAAGAGGAAGAUGAGGAACCUACUGUGACACCCAAAGACUGUCCAACCUGAGUGGUGCUUCUAUUUUAAGACUGAAUGACCCGACAGAAGGCCCUGAACCAGUGAGGCAUCACAACUGACCAUCUCCACGCUCUUCUUAAAGAGACAGCGUCAGUUUAUCUGAGGAGGAAUCGGUUCCUCCUCCUCCCGAAAUCUUCUCAGAUCCCUCUCCUCCAUUCAGACAUGGACCUCCACAGAGCAGCCUUCAAGAUGGAGAGCUCCUCCUACUUGCCCAAUCCCUUGGCCUCGCCAGCCCUCAUGGUUCUGGCCUCCACAGCUGAAGCUUCUCGUGACGCUUCCAUUCCCUGCCAGCAGCCACGCCCGUUUGGCGUCCCGGUUUCUGUGGAAAAAGAUGUUCAUUUGCCCUUCAACAACGGUUCCUACACCUUUGCAUCCAUGUACCACCGCCAAGGCGCCGUCCCUCCUGGUUUCCCCAACCGGGACUUUCCUCCAUCCCUGCUUCACCUCCAUCAUCAGUUCGCGCCGCCGAAUCUGGACUGCUCACCAAUCAGCAUGCUCAAUCACAGCGGCGUGGGGGCUUUCAGACCCUUUGCUUCCCCGGAGGAUCGAGACGGCGCGCCAGGCGGGUACCAGUCCGCUUUCACCCCUGCUAAGCGCCUCAAAGGGUGCCUGGAUGCUGAGGCUUCACCCCAUCUGAGGUACUCCGAUGCUGACGGCAAAGAAUACGACUUUGGCGGCGCCCAGAUCCCACCCGGGGGCUCGCCCAGCAGCGCCUUGAAAGCCGUCGAGGACAGCGGGAAGAAGAUCUUCGCCGUAUCCGGCCUUCUUUCAGACCGAGAGACCUCGUCAAGCCCCGAGGACCGCAUCGAACGAUGUAAAAAGAAGAUGGUUCUGUAUGACAGCCAGGCUCCAAUCUGUCCCAUCUGCCAGGUUCUGCUCAGGCCCGGAGAGCUCCAGGAGCACAUGGAGACCGAGAUAGAGAGACUUGCCAGCAUGUGCCUCAGUAAGAACCCGUCUCCCAAAGAUGGAUCAGUCACGCCAGGAACUCCUAAGUCCAUUCUGUUGUCGGUGCACAUUAAGCGCGAGGGGGAGUCUCCGGUGGUCUCGCCACUGUCGUCUGAAGACGCCCACCACUCGGACAGAUACCAGACAUUUUUACGGGUUCGAGCUAACAGGCAAACACGGCUGAAUGCCCGUAUAGGGAAGAUGAAGAGGAGGAAGCCGGAGGAUGGGGGCCAGGUAUGUCCGCUGUGCAGCGCCCCACUGGCUGGGAGCGAGGAGGAGAUGAGUAGACAUGUGGAACAAUGCCUCAUCCAGCGUGAGGGUGUGCUGGGCGAGGACGACUCGGUGGAUAUGGACGGUGACAGUGGGCGUGGCUUUGAGGAGUACGAGUGGGCGGGACAGAAGAGGAUCAGAGCCACUGCUCUUCUGGAAGGAGGCUUCAGAGCGACCGGGUUUGCUACAUGUAGCAUCAAGGAGAGCGGAGCAGACAGCGACGCCGACCUGGACGUAGACGGAGACGACACGUUGGAGUACGGCAAAGCCCAGUACACCGAGGCGGACAUCAUCCCCUGCUCGGGGGCCGGCGAGGACCAAGGGGAAGCUAGAGAGCGAGAGGCCCUCCGGGGAGCUGUGCUGAACGGAGGCAUGCCCUCGAACAGAAUAACACCAGAGUUCUCCAAGUGGGCCAGCGACGAGAUGCCAUCAACGAGCAACGGCGAGGGCAGCAAGACGGACCCCAGCACUCCCUCGUCCUCCACCUCCUCCUCCUCCUGUGUCCCUCGCACCUGUAAAAACAGCGAGAUUGAAAAAGUAACAGAAGAGGACUCCACAGCUACCACCAUGGAAGCUCUAAAGGCUCGAAUCCGGGAGUUGGAGAAGCAGAUACUGAGAGGGGACAGAUACAAAUGUCUCAUCUGCAUGAAGAAGCCUGCUAUCCAGUCAGGUGUGGAAAUCAAGAAACUAGGGGCGUGGCCCGGUCCCCGGCCUUUGGCCAGCGAGGUCGGAGAGAGGCUGCCUAAGUCCCUCCCCCUCGGCCUGUACUACCUGUACAGGGGCCUUGUGAUUGGUGGCUACAGCAGCGGCUUAAAGAGGCUCCUCCCACAGCCUCUACGGAGGGACUCCUACACGAUGCCGCUCACGUCCAUCCAGUGCUGGCACGUCCACUGUGAAGAAUGCUGGCUUCGGACUCUGGGGAACAAGAAGCUGUGCCCGCAGUGCAACACCAUCACCUCUCCCGGGGACCUGCGACGUGUCUACUUGUAAAGAGCACACCCACCCCCCCACCCACUCGUUCACCCCCUCCACCGCCAUUUCCAGUCGCCCUGUUGCUUCCCCUCCACAAUCGAUGGGCCCCAAACCUUCCUAGAGAGACUAAGCUUUAGGGGGCAUGAGCAGCGCUCACUGUCUGUGGCCAACCUUCCCCCUUGAACGACCCCCUCCCCCCCAUGUGGAACACUGGGUGUCAUAUAAACUGAUGGACUGUCAUUCAACAGACAUCUGGACACACGUAGCCCUGCUGAGACCUUUUAGCUUCACCGGAGCCGGACCUUUUGGAUCUCGUGAACCACCCGACCUCCCCCACCCUGUGCUCUGGUUUCUGCUUCAACGUCAUAACUGGACAGUUUUUUUCUCGUUGUUGUUGUUGUUGUUGUCCUCCCUUAUUUUAUGCACAGAAAUAAUUCUAGAAGACGCCCGGCCAUUACAACUGAGCUUCGGUACAAACUAAGAAGAGAGUCACAGAGAAACCAUGCAGUCCAAGCACAUGUAAGGAGAGUCGGUGUCUGUUUACACACUUGUAGUACUUUCUCAUAUACAGUUCUGCAGCACACAGCAACACGUGUGCACGACAUAGGUUAUCUUUUAGUCCAAACAGUUUGCAGAGAAAAUGGCUGGAAUGAAUAAAGCCUUCAUAUUUUCAAAAGCGAUAUCAUUUGAUGACGUUUCACUGUACAGAGAAAAAAAAAAAACUCAAAGACUAGAUGGUCAAGAUUUAGGUGUAAUUUUUCUGCAGAGUACUUUGAUGAAUUGUAGAUCUAAAAAAAAAUAAUAAGCAAGUGACGAUCUUUUGUUUAGUUUUAUGGGUGGGAGAGAUUCUUGAUAACCAAGACGUCAUCAAGAUGAGUGAUGGAAGUGCUCUUCAACAACAGUUUCAGGGGCUUCGAUUCAACAGCAGGAAGUCCCCCCCCCCCCCCCCGUUAUUCUCAUACCGCUUUUGCUGCAAAGGUCAAAAGAAAGGCACUUCUCGCUGGAUGAAAAGAGGAAUAGCCGAGGCUGGACUGGCAACCUUGCAACACGACUCCGCCCUCUUCUUCCUUCUCUGGCAGCAGCAGCCAAGAUGGUGGUGUGCUUUGUGUUUGUAAAACUAUGUAUUCUGUGAUGUCUGUAUUGUUGUCAAAAAUGCUGAAAAAAGAAAAUAAAACAUUCUCAAAUACCGCAAGUGGUCCUGUUCACAAAAACCCCAAUCAUGAAAUAUAUUCAAAGGUGUUGAUCAUUGUUUAAAAAGGUUUGGUUUUAGGACGGGGGGUGCAAAGAAACUUUUAUGUUUGUGCAUUUGAAUAGGCUUUCUGUCAUUGUUUGGACAAAACUGCUAAUCUCCACUGAUUUCUUUUAAACGCCUUUUCAUCUCCUGUAGCAAGACAUUCUGGGUCCGCUCAACAGCAACACAGUAAACGGCUGAUUCGAACUUGCCCCAAAGAUGACAAAUUGCACAAGAUGAAUUAUGUCACAAUUAUUUUGUGUCUUGUAUAUUCUUGGAAAUGGUACGUGUCUUUCCCGUUUGUAAACUAC